AUGGUUCCAACUACAGCUUUUACCUUACACAGUUGGAAUUCAGCUGACAAUGGAAGCACUAUCGAAAAUGAAGAAUGGCUGGCAUUUCUGCAGAGAAAUAUGGAGGAAUUAUUAUCAGGUCAGUUAGAUUGCUUAAAAAACACUAAUUUAGUAUCUGUAGUCAUUGCUCCUCUACGAAAUUAUAAUGCUUCACCAAAAGUAUUAGAGUAUGUUGCCAAUAUGUUAGCUCUACCUUUUGUUGUUCAUGGGCCUACAGAAAAAGAAACCAAAAAUAUUGAAGAGGUUUAUUUAGAAGCAAAAGUUUUACCAAAUUUAAUAUAUGCUUUUAGAGUAAUAGCUAGAUGUAAAGAUUGUAGUCCAGAAUCCACUCCUAACAUGUCUACCGACAAAGAAAUUCGAUUUUCAUCUGUUUCAGAAUUAAGUGCUGAUGAUCUUCAAGCUUUAGAAGCAAUUUGCCUUUUGAUAUGUUAUUUAGUUCACAGUAAUGAAGACUUUUUGCUACAGUUUUGUGAUGCUGUAGCCAUAUUAAACGCCAUUCCAUUAGUUCAACAAUUUUUAAUGCUUGGUCGUAGAAAACUAAGAGUAGUGACUGAUUUUUUGGCAAUAUUGAACCUUGUACUUAUGCAAUCACCUGAAAAUGCUGACUUAGUCGAACAAAUAGUUUUAGGACUUUCAGCUUCAGGAGAGAGUAUAUUGGAAGUCAGUAACUUGUUGGUACAUCCAAGCCCUGUUGUUAAAUUUCGAACAUGUGAAUUAAUUAAACAGCUUGCCUCAUCCAAACAAAAUGUAUUGCUCAGUAAUGUUAGCUCGAAACUUGAACAAAAUUUAAAUUCUCUAUUACAUGAUUCAUCCGCUUCCGUUCAUAUGGAUGUUCUACAACAUUUAAAAAAAUUAGCUAUUACAAAAGAAGAGUAG